GAGGCCUCAGCCUUAGAACUGGCCAGAGGGACCCAAGGGAUAGUCAGGGACAGGCGGACAUGCAGCCAGGGUUCUGGGGCCUGGACAGGGGCGGCCAGGCCCCGUGACGGGAAGACCCCGAGCUGCGGCCCGGGGAGGGGCCAUGGUGCUGCCUGCCCAGCAUGUCAGCCGAGGUGCGGCUGAGGCAGCUGCAGCAGCUGGCGCUGGACCCCAGCUUCCUGGGGCUGGAGCCCCUGCUCGACCUUCUCCUGGGCGUCCACCAGGAGCUGGGCGCCUCCCACCUAGCCCAAGACAAGUAUGUGGCCGACUUCUUGCAGUGGGUGGAGCCCAUUGCAGCACGGCUUAAGGAGGUCCGGCUGCGGAGGGACGACUUUGAGAUUCUGAAGGUGAUUGGCCGCGGGGCAUUCAGUGAGGUAGCGGUGGUGAAGAUGAAGCAGACGGGCCAGGUGUAUGCCAUGAAGAUCAUGAAUAAGUGGGACAUGCUGAAGAGAGGCGAGGUGUCGUGCUUCCGGGAAGAAAGGGACGUCUUGGUGAAAGGGGACCGGCGCUGGGUCACGCAGCUGCACUUCGCCUUCCAGGAUGAGAACUACCUGUACCUGGUCAUGGAAUACUACGUGGGCGGGGACCUGCUAACGCUGCUGAGCAAGUUUGGGGAGCGGAUCCCCGCCGAGAUGGCGCGCUUCUACCUGGCCGAGAUUGUCAUGGCCAUAGACUCGGUGCACCGGCUGGGCUACGUGCACAGGGACAUCAAGCCAGACAACAUCCUGCUGGACCGCUGUGGGCACAUCCGCCUGGCGGACUUCGGCUCCUGCCUCAAGCUACAGCCGGAUGGGAUGGUGAGGUCGCUGGUGGCUGUGGGCACCCCGGACUACCUGUCUCCUGAGAUUCUGCAGGCUGUGGGCGGAGGGGCAGGCAGCUACGGGCCCGAGUGUGACUGGUGGGCGCUGGGCGUGUUCGCCUAUGAGAUGUUCUACGGGCAGACUCCCUUCUACGCUGACUCCACAGCCGAGACGUACGCCAAGAUUGUGCAUUACAAGGAGCACUUGUCUCUGCCCCUAGCAGCCGCCGGCGUCCCUGAGGAAGCUCAGGAUCUCAUUCGGGGACUGCUGUGCCCCGCUGAGAUACGGCUGGGCCGAGGCGGGGCAGGCGAUUUCCGGAAGCAUCCGUUCUUCUGUGGCCUCGAUUGGGAGGGCCUGCGAGACAGUGUACCCCCCUUUGCACCAGACUUCGAGGGGGCCACGGACACGUGCAACUUCGAUGUGGUGGAAGACCGGCUCACUGCCAUGGUGAGCGGGGGCGGGGAGACCCUGUCGGACAUGCAGAAAGACAUGCCACUUGGGGUCCACCUGCCUUUCGUGGGUUACUCCUACUCCUGUGUGGCCCUCAGAGACACUGAGGUCCCGGACCCCACCCCUAUGGAACUGGAGGCCCUGCAGUUGCCCGAGGCAGACUUGCAAGUGCUUAGCUUGGAGCCUCCAGUGUCGCCCCCGGAUCCAGUGGCCCAAGUGGCGGAGCCAGCUGCUGUCCCCGCAGCUGAGGCAGAGACCGUGGUGACGCUGCGGGAGCUCCAGGAAGCCCUGGAGGAGGAGGUUCUCACCCGGCAGAGCCUGAGCCGCGAGCUGGAGGCCAUCCGCACUGCCAACCAGAGCUUCUCCAGCCAACUGCAGGAGGCCGAGGUCCGGAACCGGGACCUGGAGGCUCACGUCCGUCAGCUGCAGGAGCGGAUGGAGAUGCUGCAGGCUCCGGGAGCCCCAGCUGUCAUGGGGGUCCCCGGUCCCUGGGCCACGGAUCCACCUUCCCAUCUAGAUGGCCCCCCGGCCGUGGCUCUGGGCCAGUGCCCGCUGGUGGGGCCAGGCCCCAUGCACCGCCGUCACCUGCUGCUCCCUGCCAGGGUCCUUAGGCCUGGCCUAUCCGAGGCGCGUUGCCUGCUCCUGUUCGCCGCUGCUCUGGCUGCUGCCGCCACACUGGGCUGCACUGGGCUGGUGGCCUGUGUCCCAGUCUGGUGUUUCCCGGGAGCCACCUUCGCCCCCUGAGCCCUGAGACUCCAGCCACCUUUCAUCUAGACGCCCGCGGACAGCCGGCUGACUUGGGACCGGCCCAGAGCGUCUCUGCGCCCAAAUCUCCCCUCCAGCCACCCCCUCCACGCCUCUGCGAGCUUGGGUCCCCACCCGGCUCCUCUCCCGUGAUCCGGGCCCGCCCCCUGGCGGCCGGGGAGGGAGGAGCAGGACCCGUGCGCAGGAACCCGGUUCCUGCAGGGCUGGCGGCUUCGACGCGGGGACAUUCGCCGACCACUCUUCUUCGCUCAGCCCCGACGUGGAUAGGCAAACUGCUCAGGCCGUCCGAUGUCACGCUUCCCGCCUCCAGCCACUGGUCACAAACCGUAAACGCUUGCGCACCAGCCCCUGACCUCGGGGACGUCCCGUUCCCACAGCAGACGAUCAGCACGACCUCGGCCAGCUCCCUCGGGAGCCUUCGGCUUCGGGCAGCUCCGCCUCUAGGGGUUGCUACGACCCCUUCCUCACAAGCGCCGCCGUCGGAGUCACGGCUGCACGCACACGUCCCCCAAAGCAGUGUGGGUAUUUAUUGACCUUGUCCUCCGGCUCACUGGCAGACUCCGGGACCCACGUUUUGGAUGCACUGAGACUCGACAUUCCUCGGUAUUUAUUUUGUCCCCACCCCCGAGCCUGGCGAAUAAAGUACUUUCCGGUCUGCCCGAA